AUGAAUAAUAUUAGUAGUAUUAGUAAUAAUAAUAAUAAUAACAGGGAUAUAAUUAAUCUUUCAAAUGUUAUACAAUCAAAGAUUGUUGAAUAUUGUUUAUUUGAAAAGUUUGAUCAUGUUCCUCUGCCUUUUGUUUUUAAAUUAAAGUUAGCAUUAGUUUCAAAAUUUUGGUUUAGAGCAGUAUCCAAUACUUUGGCUCGGUACUCAAACGUUGGUGACAAUCAUAGAGAGAGUUGGAGUCACUACAACAAUCCAUGGUGCCUGAUCAAAGGUCCUUCAAUUUUCUAUAUAUUCGAAAGAUCGAUUAAAGAUCCUUUAUUAGAUAGUUCUUCAGAUUCUAUCGACAACAACAAUAUCAAUAGCAAUAACAACAGCAAUAAUGAAAAUGAUAGUCAAUUAGUUGGAAUUUUAAAGUCAUACUUCAAACAAUUUACAGGUUUCCUACAAAAACCCAAAACAACUCAACUUUCAAACAUUACAAUUCCUGAGAGUAUGAAACCAUUCUAUUUCAAUUCAGUAAAGAUGGUUUAUGUAAAGUGUAAAGGAGGUUCGCUAUCCCAGUUUCAAAUCGAUUCCAUAAGAAGAUUCGAUUCUCUAGAUUUGAGCAAACCUAUAUUUAAAAUAAUAUCUCCACUUUCGGAAAAGUUAUUCGAUUUCUCCAAAACAUUGAAAUCUAGAGUUCACCUUAUUACACCAAUUUCAUAUGGUGGUCAAAUGAAUAUAUAUAGUAAUAAUAAUAAUAAUAAUAGUAACAAUAAUAAUAACAAUAAUAAUAACAAUAAUAAUAUCAAUAACAUUAGUAUUCAUUUACAUUUGUCAUCGACUACAAUGGAAAAUGUUAAUGUUUUGAUGGAUCAGACGUGUAGCUAUCUUAGAUAUUUAAGCAUCAGUGAUUUCAUGGAGUAUGAUUACAAGUCAUGUCUGCCAAGGUUGGUUCAACUCAGGAAAAUUACAAUACUGUGCUACGAUUUCGAUCUACCGGUUCACCAAAACAUCAGAGAGUUCCUCAUGGAGUCACAAUCCAUUAAGAAACUGAUUCUCCAUCUGAGAGAAUUGAAUCGUAAUUGGAUAAAUCUAGUAGAUCAAUCUUUAAUUGCAAAUAUUUCCAUCAAUUUAAAGUCAGACUCGACAGAUUACCAACUAGACAACAACAACAACAACAACAAUGGUUCCAUUCCAAAUAGAAAUUUAAAGUAUUUAUCACUUACGAUGGAUUCAUCGAAUGAAUUACAUAGUGCAGCUGAAAACAUUUUUAAACAUGGCAAAUAUGGUGGUCAAGUUUGUACAAAGUUGAGUUUAAUGGAUAUGGCCAUUCCAUCAAACUUCUCUCAACUCUAUAUUGUAAAGUUAAAGUUGAACCAAAUCGUUUUUACAUUCAAUAUGCUCACAAGUGUUGUAAACAAUAGAUAUCUUCGUAAAUUAACUGUACUAUUAAUUAAGGAUAAAGACAUAGUAUUUGAUUUCAUAGAGUAUUUAGAUAAUACUGCUGAAACAACAACAACAGCAAUAAAAGCGACAACAACAACAAUACCAAGUCAACAACAAUUUUGUAAUAACAAUAUCAAUAGACAUUCCGUUCAGCAUGUUAAAAUUUCAAUAUUGGAUGUAUUCUUUAAGGAAACAAAAAAGCUAUUUAAACCUUAA